CUGCUGCGCUCCGCCAGAGACAGCUGCAGCCCGCGCGCUGCCCUCCGGCCGCUCUUCCUCUCCAGCUUGCCCUGUCCGUAUAGCCUCCGCCUUCGGGCCUCGAUCCUCGGCCCUCGGUUGUCCUUGCCGCCGAGAGGGGGUCGUCGGGCCCGCGAAGUAGCCGCUCGCGGGCUGACCUCGCGGGCUGAUCGGCCGCUGCCGCCUCCACAACUUUGGGACAGCCUCUUCCUCCGGGGGCGUCAGAGUCCUCGUCUGCCAAACAGCCGCUCCUCCCCGGUCUGAAGGCCGCGCUCCGACCGCGGACGCCCAGUCGACUCCCGGAGCAGCAGCUAGCUCCCGGGUGCGGACCGAGGCGACCGCGCCCCAAGACUGCACCCCGGCAUCGUCUCCCGCCCGGCGGCUCCUCGUCUGUGCUGCGACUCGCCCCCUGUCUGUAGGCGACGGACCUCGGCCGCGGACCCCGACCGGAGACGCAAGAUGGCGGCGGCCGCGUGACUGAGCAUCCCGAGGCCUCGCUCCAAGGACGCGCAGACCAACUUAGGGGGAGUACUUUGGGGGGCAGGGAGGAAGGGCGAAAGCAGGACUCUGGUGUCGUUUCUUAAUUGUGACUGCGUGAAGCUUGCCUCCCUCGGGCUUUUUGGGGGGGAGGCUCUGGUAUCGUUCGUAGCCCUAUUGCAGAGUGAGCCACCAUCGAACCGGUACUUGUGGAGCCGGCCCCAUUUGAUAGGUGGGAAGAUGGCGAUGACCCUGUUGGAAGACUGGUGCAGGGGGAUGGAUGUGAACUCCCAGAGAGCCCUGCUGGUCUGGGGGAUCCCAGUGAACUGUGACGAGGCUGAAAUCGAAGAUACCCUCCGGGCUGCGAUGCCCCAGGUGCCCUAUCGAGUGCUUGGGAGAAUGUUCUGGAGGGAAGAGAAUGCGAAAGCAGCCUUGUUAGAGCUCACUGGCGCUGUCGAUUACGCCAACAUACCCAGGGAGAUGCCGGGCAAGGGAGGGGUCUGGAAAGUGGUCUUUAAGCCCCCGACAUCCGAUGCUGAAUUUUUAGAAAGGUUGCACCUCUUCCUGGCAAGAGAGGGGUGGACAGUGCAAGAUGUCGCCCGAGUCCUUGGGUUUCAGAACCCCGCUCCGGCUCCAGGCCCAGAAAUGCCAGCAGAGAUGCUUAACUAUAUUUUGGAUAAUGUUAUCCAGCCUCUUGUCGAGUCCAUAUGGUACAAGAAGCUGACGCUGUUCUCGGGGAGGGACAUCCCGGGCCCUGGGGAGGAGGCCUUUGAUCACUGGCUGGAGCACACUAAUGAGGUCAUGGAGGAGUGGCAGGUGUCCGAUCUAGAAAAGAGGCGGCGGUUGGUGGAGAGCCUCAGAGGCCCCGCCGCCGAUGUCAUUCGCAUCCUCAAGACCAACAACCCUGCGAUAACCUCCGCCGAGUGUCUGAAGGCGCUGGAGCAGGUGUUUGGGAGCGUCGAGAGCUCCCGGGAUGCCCAGGUCAGGUUUCUGAACACUUACCAGAACCCGGGAGAAAAGUUAUCUGCUUAUGUCAUCCGUCUGGAGCCUCUGCUGCAGAAGGUGGUGGAGAAGGGGGCCAUAGAUAAAGAUAACGUGAACCAGGCCCGCCUGGAGCAGGUCAUUGCGGGGGCCAACCACAGCGGGGCCAUCCGGAGGCAGCUGUGGCUGACCGGGGCUGCGGAGGGGCCGGCCCCGAACCUCUUCCAGUUGCUGGUGCAGAUCCGCGAGGAGGAGGCCAAGGAGGAGGAGGAGGAGGCCGAGGCCGCCCUCCUGCAGUUAGGCCUGGAAGGGCACUUCUGAGCCUCGGGAAGCGGAGGGGCUUUAGGGCAGACCUAGAUCACAGCUGUUCCGUUGUCUGUGUCGUACAGGUGUGUCUCAGAUUAGUAAGACUUAGCCAUGUUCUGUUUCUUGGGGGGGAAGUCAGGCCUACUUAUUUGUGUAAUAUUCGUAAAAUCGUGCAAGCGAACACCGGGAGCUGCAACAGUACCCUAGCGUCCUGCUGGCUGAGAUGCCAUGUAAAGGCUUGGACACAUGAGCUCAGUGUAAGCUGUCAUCGUGCCACCAUCGUCAGUUGUGAAAAACAAGUGAACCUGUGACACUUGCCAUUGAGGUAAUUACAUGAGAAAUUGCAUGUUCAGAAGUUUAGUGCAGGGCCUGGUUCAUAGGAACAUGCUCAGUAAAAGUGUGAAAACUGUUAGUGUUAACUGAUACCGUGGAUAGUUUUUGUUUACUGUAAAUCGUUCCUGAUUUAAUGGAAAGAAAUGAAUUUGCUAGAUAUUUAUUCAACUUCAAAACACAAAUUUUCCUAUUUCUCAUCUGAAUCAGUUUAACUGAAAAGUAUUCUGAGACUGCAACAUGGAGUAUUAGAAAAAUACUGUAAUUCGAUAGUGCUGUGUAAAUCAGUUUUUCACUGUACAAGAUACAGAAAUCGCAUGCGGAGGUUGAUACGAACCUGUUACAGUUAUCCAUUUCAGAUCCUUAUCCAAUAGUAGGUCUCCUUGGUCAUGCUAAUCCUAAGUGUUCUAAAUUUGAAGCUAUCAAAUAGAUGUAUACUAAUAAAAAUAUUUUAAAAAUUC